AUGACGGAUCAGGACCUUAACAACAAGCUAGACCGGCUACUAGCACUAAUGGAAGCUCAGCUAGAGCUGACCAGACAAAGCCAUCGGGAGGAACGACUACGACGAGCUCAUCUGACUGAGGAGGCAACGGACCUCUCUCACUCAGAAGACCAAGCAGGAGGAGGAGAUGAAUCCAUGAUAGGAGACCCCCAUACUCCUACUCCGGCGCCACGAUCAAGACCAUCAGUCUCAUUCAACUUGAAUGAGCAUGCUGAGACCAACUAUGAAAAGUAUGCUUCCCCCACCGGGCCGAAGUAUCUCAAGACCAGGGACCCCUACAGCAGGAGCCGAGUGGACCCUUAUGUUCAGGACCAGGAGGAGGAGGCAAGCAUCAUGGCAGAUCGUUCAAAGCCCAUUGCAACCCCGUUCCCAAAGUUCAAUCCCCGAGACAUCGAGAUCUACAUUCUAGAAGCCGAAGCUUGGUUUAGGUUCAAUCAAGUCUACGAGCACACCCGGAUGAUCAACCACCUGGGUUCUCAAUUGGAAGGUACUGCUCGAGAGUGGUGGACCUCAAAGCUACGCUUUGAUAGAGCUAGAGAAGGGAGGCUAUUCAAUGACUGGCAGUUCUUCACCAAACGACUAGCUGAACAGUUCAACCCCCGGAAUGCUAGGAUGGAGGCCUACAACAAGCUGCUAGCUCUCAGACUUACUAGUGAUGCACCAGGAGCUGCCACACGACACGUAGAGCAGUUCAGAGACUUGGAAGGACAGGUCAACCUAGGAGACAACGAGCUAACCAUUGACCUCUUCAGAGGAAGCCUUACUCGCAGCAUACAGGAGAAGUUUGAAAGGAAUCCACCGAAGGAGCUAUGGGAGUGGUUCCGGGAAGUCGAAGAGAUCGACCGACAAAGGAUGCUGUUGCAGCAGGCCUCAGCUAGACACGUGCAAGCAAACAACACGUCAUCUCCAGGAACUCGGCCAAUCCAGAGUUCAAUCCCCGUUCGGCGAUCGGCUGCGCAACCUUAUUCAACUCGAUCACCGGCUCCACCUUAUCUUCCGUCUCAACCUUAUCCGACGCGACACUCCACCCAACCCCUUCCCCACUCAAACAACCGUCCUCCUCCCCAUCAACCCACUCCAGCUCCAAAAGGAACCCCGGCACCAUCAGGAGGCAGCAACAACACCUGCCAUUUGUGCAAUGGUAUCGGACACUGGGCCAGGAACUGCCCUAGCAGGAGGGUAGAAUCUCUGGGAUCACGACCUAUGGGACCAAAGGUCAUGGUCGUCACCAAGGACCCCCUCGACGAGGCCUCCGACUCUGGAGAUGGCCGCUCAGGCAAUACCGAGCCAGAGCAGGAGGACAUGGACCUCCGGCCUUAUCAGCAGCAUAUGGACUCGGACUUCGAUCACGAGGAGGAACAAGACGAUGAUGAUGACGAGGGAAACGUCAGCAAAGCAGUACUGGAGCUCUCUGGAAUGGUUCAAGACCAUCCUGCUCGAAUACUAGCUGAUACCGGUGCUGGUUUGUCAAUAGUAUCAGAUUCUUUCAUUAGUAAGUACCAAAUACCAACAAAACCCAUAAAAACAAGAUCGAUCCAUGGUGUCACCGGACAUCAGCUAUCCAUCAAUAGUGCUGCGAGCAUGCAGGUAACUAUUGGUAACCACAAUCUGGGUGUGGUCGAAGCUUCAGUGGCCAACACUGCCGACUACGACCUCAUCCUAGGGUUCACUGAGCUAAGGAAGCUCAAGCCCACCAUACGAUGGGAUACGGGCCAGCUGGAGUUCAAGACUCAGGAGCAGGACCGACCCCCGAAGAGACCCCCUGAAGCAGCAGGAGCAGGGGACCUAACCAUGAGGAGACCAACCCUUCAUGGUAACGAGUUUGUCUCAGCAGAGCGCAUACUACGAGCAGCUCUGGAAGAUGGACCCAUAGGGUUCAUGCUGUUGGAGGAACCACCAUCAUCACUCCCGGCCUUUGGUUUCGUACCUACAGGCACCGAUAAAGGAAUCGAGAUGGAGGUGGAGGUGGACAAGGUGGUGACGGCUGCGGACAUACCAAAGCCAUACCAACACUUGAGAGAUGUGUUCGAUGAGGUGGAAGCAGACAAGCUGCCCCAUCAUACCGAGCAUGAUCUCCACCUCGAGUUGAUAGAAGGAGGCAAGCCACCUCAAGGGCCUCUAUACCUUAAGGGACCCAAGGAGAUGUCCGAGUUGAGGAGGUACUUGGAUGAGAACCUCAAGAAGGGGUUCAUAAGACCAUCGAAGAGCCCAGCACGAUCCCCAGUGCUCUUCGUACCAAAGAAGGAUGGAGGUCUCAGACUCUGUGUCGACUACAGAGGUCUCAACGAGAUCACUAUCAAGAACAGGGCACCAUUGCCCCUCAUCGAGGAGCAGCUGUUCUUGCUCAGGAAGGCAAGGAUCUAUACCAAGCUAGACCUUAGAGCAGCAUACAACCUCAUCCGGGUUGCUAAAGGAGAUGAAUGGAAGACAGCGUUUGGCACUCAGUUGGGACUCUAUGAGUACCUAGUGAUGCCCUUCGGCCUAGCCAAUGCUCCGGCUCACUUCCAAUCAUUCAUCAAUGUCAUCUUCCGAGACAUCAUUGGAGUAUAUGUGGUAGUAUACUUGGAUGACUUCCUGAUCUUCAGUGACACUGAGGAGGUACAUGUGAAGCAUGUCACCGAGGUCCUCACUCGCUUAAAGAGCAACAGGCUCUUUGCUAAGCUGUCCAAGUGUGAGUUCCACACCAAGACGGUGGAGUUCCUGGGUUACAUCAUCAAGCCAACGGGUAUUGAGAUGGACCCAGAAAAGAUACGGACUGUCAAGGAGUGGCCGAUGCCGGCGUCUAUCCAUGACAUCCAACGGUUCCUGGGUUUUGCUAACUUCUACAGGAGAUUCAUAGCUCACUUCGCUCGGAUAGCCAAGCCAUUGACAUCACUGGUGAAGCCGACGGAACGCUUCAAGAAGUUUGAGUUGUCGGAGGAGGCCCAACAAGCCUUCCAUCAGCUCAUUCAAGCGUUCACAUCAGCAGGAGUGCUUCAGCACUUCGACUACCACCUUCCAACAAGGUUGGAGACCGAUGCAAGUGACUUUGCUAUAGCAGGAGUACUCAAGCAGGAGCAUGAAGGACGAUGGCAUCCAGUGGCCUUCUACUCUAGGAAGAUGUCUUCUGCCGAGAAGAACUAUGAGAUCCAUGAUAAGGAGCUCCUAGCUGUGGUCGCCUGCCUCACUCAGUGGCGACACAUGCUAGCUGGACUACCGAACCAACUGGUCAUCCUCACUGACCAUGAAGCCCUCAAGUACUUCAAGUCACAGAGACGCAUCACAGGACGACAAGCUCGAUGGGCAAUACUACUAGCAGAAUUCGACUUCAUCCUGCAGUAUCGACCAGGAGACAAAGGUGGUGAACCCGAUGCUCUCACCAGAAGGGCAGACAUGCAACCAGCUGGUGAAGAGCAGGAUCACAAUGUGAGGCAACUACUGCCUCCUCGGGUGUUUGCGGAAACAGCGGACCAUGACUCGACCCUAGUGGCUCCCAUGCUCUCGAUGGAGUCCAUAGCAUCGAAAGGGCUCAAAGACCUGGUCAAGAUCUUCCAGCCCUUAGAUCAAGAGCUACAGGAGAUACACUCGAAGAAGCCCUUCGAGCUCAAGGACGACCUAUGGUACAGUGGAGGAAGGUUAGUCAUCCCCAAGGUGACCAUGCCAGGGAGGACUAACAACCGACACUCAAGGAGUGCCAAGGAAGUAGAUGGACAGUCUCUCUCUGUAGAGCACCUGCGAUUCAUGGUGAUGACCCAAUGCCAUGAUGGUGUUACUGCCGGACAUGUAGGAAGAGAUGCUACCAUCAAGGCAGCUCAACGGCACUACUGGUGGCCAAGCAUGACAGCUUGGAUUGCUGACUAUGUAGCUAGUUGUCCAGUUUGUGCGAGGUACAAAGCUCCUCGUCAUCGUCCGUAUGGCCUUCUACAGCCACUUGCCACACCAGACAGGCCCUGGGGCUCGAUAUCCCUCGACUUCAUUGAAGGACUACCACCUUCAAAGAACUAUGACUCCAUCCUCGUCAUUGUCGAUAGGCUGACCAAGUUUGCCAUCCUGGCCCCGACCCAUAAGACAGUCACGGCCAAACAGACUGCAGUGUUGCUAUAUGGACACAUGGUUAGACUCUUCGGAUACCCUGAUCACAUGGUCUCGGACCGAGGCAGGCAGUUCAUAUCAGGAGCAUGGAAAGCCUUUGCAGAGCAGAUGGGUGUGAAGCACUCACUUAGCACGGCUUAUCAUCCUCAAACUGAUGGUCAGACAGAGAGAGUCAAUCAGGUCGUGGAGCAGUACCUAAGGAUGUACUGCAACUAUGAGCAGAACGACUGGGCAGACCUGCUAGACACUGCAGCCUUUGUAUACAACAACACGGUCCACAACAGCAUUGGUGUCUCACCAUUCUUUGCAUGCUAUGGAUGGAACCCCAAAGCCCAUCCUGACAUCCCUCAACAACUAGGAGUCAAUGAUCCAGGUCGCUUCGAGUACCUCAUGGAUGGGAAGGAGCGUUGCAAGUAUCUUCAGGAGCAGAUCAGGGAGGCACAGCGUCGGACGGUGGACCAGUAUAACAGGAAGCACAAGGACAUCGAGUUUAAGGUGGGUGAUAUGGUCUAUAUCAACCGCCGGAACUGGAAGACCAGGCGACCUACACCAAAGCUGGAUACCCGGUUUGCAGGACCCUAUCCAGUCCAGGAACGAGUAGGACGCCGAGCAUACAGGAUCACAUUGCCAGCAAACCUUAGGGUUCAUGAUGUGUUCCAUGUCUCCAUGCUCGAGCCAGCAAAGACUAGCUCACUUCCUCACAGGACAGACCAGCCAAUCAUACCAUCACUUCCUGAUGAAGACCUCGACUUCGAAGUAGAAGCACUCAUUGACAAGCGCUCAUUCAAUGGGACUACGGAGUACAAAGUGCUUUGGAGGGGGUACUCAGAGGAGGCCGCCUCUUGGGAACCCGUUUCAAACCUCGACUGUCCCGACCUCAUCCGGGAGUAUGAGGUAUCAGAGGGGGGAGGAGCGAGCAGAAGAAGGAGGAGAGAGCAGGAGGAGGAGUAG